AGCCGACAGACUGACUUCAAGUUUCACGCCGUAGAGGGGAUGUGUCUCUACCAACAGCCUUGAGGAGAGAGAAUAGCGACGUGAUUUGCCUGCCAGUAUGCUUCAAGUUUACAAUAUACAUUAACACUGGAGUCGUGGUCGAAUCGACGAAGGAGAUAUAUUUUUCCGAGCCGACUCUCUUGGACCGAGGCUGAACGGUGACAUCACCCGUGUUCUACCAUUACCUUACUGUGCAAUGUUGUAUACAUGCCACCUGCGACUCUUGUUCAACACCCACUGCCAGACGCACCACGAGUAGCUCAAUGCUGUGAAGAAACAUACAAACACUUCACAAACUCCUUGUUAUACUUACCUCAGGGAGCGUUCGGAGUCCAGCUUCAACGAGCCUAAAUCUCCCUCCGCUCUCUCCAUUCCCCCUCUUGGCCAAACCUCACCAACAGCAACCAUGCUCCUUCGCUCCGCGCUCCGCCCGUCCCUCUUCUCGCCGAUAUCCCAGGCGACCGCCAAAUCAAUACCCAUACGUUCACGAUCCAUCUUGAACCGUCCUGUCCUAGUCGCAUUCGGCCUUUCAUUGUCCAUCCCCUUCCUCCAACAACCGGGACAAAUUACUCGCCUUGACAGCUCCCCUUAUGCGCCCCAAUCCUCGCCUUUAUCUCAGACUGCGGCGUUCAGCAGCACCAGCACAAACUACACUCAUUCGCGGGACGCCAAGACACCCCUCACUAAAGAUGGCAAGACUCUGAACCCGGCCGCCGUGAAACAGAUCAGUCUUGGAGCAAUACUCGGACUCGGCGCCGGCGUGUUGGUUUCGGCAUUCUCGCGAAGUUUGACGCUGUUGAUUGGUCUGGGCAUUGUGAUUUGGCAGUAUGCCGCACGCAAAGGAUACAAUUUCAUUCCUGUCGAUCGGCUACAGCGGUACGUCAAGGGUGUCAACUUGCGGAGUGCUGUCAACGACAAUCUCGCGUUUAAAUUCAGCUUUGGGCUCAUGUUUGCCCUGUCUGCGUUUGGCGAGUUCUAGUAUACUGCGAGGGUGAGAGGGUGAAGCGAACUGAAUUGAAUUGCUUUGCUCUUGCUUUGGGGGCGUGUUUGUUCUGAAUUAGCUCUGCCGAGUUUAUCUGUGCAGAGAAGUACCAUCUUUUCUCGUGGGAAGAAUGGGGAUCAAGCCAUGGAUGACUCGGUCGCUCGACCGAGCUCGUGUGCCUAGGGCGAUGUGGAGAUUUAAAACAAGGACCAAAAGCGAGGCAACUCGAUCGUCUUCUGGCGGAAAUAUCACACCUGGUGGUUAUUAAUGGCGAUGAUAGCAUUUGUCCGGCGAUACCUUCUGCCCUGCUUCUCCUCCUCCAUUCUCAGCAUGUUUACUGCCUUUGGGUAAUUUGGAUACAGAAGUUCAGUAGGCCCAAAAGCUUGUCCGUUCGAUGCAGGGUAUGGAGGUAAAGCCCAUCAAAUGGCUGUCUAUCAGGUCGAGGAUCCUGCGUUUCAACCGGUACAGGCCGUGCGUAUAAGCUUGUUCGAGUUUCAAGACCAGAGUCUGUGACCAUGGGCAACGUAUGGGAAACUCCCUGGAUGCAUGCGAUAUUAAUAUUGGCCCGAGAUACCCAUCCACAAAAUAGCAAAUGGAUGUUCUGAUCUGG